AUGGGUACCAAACGCUCCUGGGAAGGACAGCCACUCGAGCUUCAUCCAACAGUCGACGGCUCAAGCGACAUCACCAUGGCGGAAGCAGAACCACAGGGUGCCUCCAUCAUCUCGAUCUUCGAGAACUUCCGCGACGAGCUUGACGAGCACCACGAUCGCCGCGAACGAAUAAUCAAGAAAAGUCGCGACAUAACAGCUCUGAGCAAGAAGAUGUAUGUACUCGGGCUUGGUACACCCCAUCGCAGACUAACAGAAACCAGCAUCUUUGCUCUCCAACGAGUCCGCGCGACCAACCAACCCCUCCCUCCUAAAAUCGCGCAAGAAAACCAAACCCGCUUUGAUCAAAUCCGGGGUCUCUUUGAAGCCAUUGUUCCAGAACAACUUGACAUUAAAGGCUGGCGCUACCAACGCCAAGUCAGCCCCGGAAUCCAAGAAUACAUCGAAGCAGUUUCAUUCGACCACUACCUACGCACCCAAACACUCAUCUCACAUUCGGAAUGUCAAUCACGUCUACCAGAAGGAAUCUUAUUGUCAGAAGAGGACUAUCUGAUGGGACUCUUCGACCUGACGGGUGAAAUGAUGCGAUUUGCCGUGUUGUCACUUAGUUCAGGAAAUGCUGCGGCAACACAGCCAGAGGGUGGAGAAGGCGACCACCGACCAACACUGGCUUCAUCGCAGGGUGAUAUUGUCGUGGAUUUGCGAGCAAUGCGGGCUGGGUUUGAGGCGCUCAGCGUGCCGCGACGACACUACAUGUUGCGCGAUCUGCAGAAGAAGAUGGAGGUCAUGCAAAAUAGCGUGGAGAAGGUCGAGAGAGCAGCAUAUGGUAUAUUAGUUCGUGGAAGUGAGAGACCCAGUGGGUGGACUCCUGAUCUUUCUGGGCCAGUGGAGGUUGAAUCACACUAG